AUGGCAGCUAGUGACGAGAGUGCCAGAAGCGCCGGCUCCUCUGACCUAUACGAUUCAACGUCAGAAAUCGAAAAAGAGCCUGGCGAAGAGAUACACAUUACCGAAAAUGUGAAGCGCAAAGCAGAGGAUUCUUCUAGUCCUCCACAGAAAAAGCGAAGGCUAUCUCAGGGCACUUCUCGCCCUGAGAGUACUCCUGUUCCUUUCUGUGUCAAUCUUCCGCCAGAUAUCUGGCAGAAUGUAUUUUCUUAUCUUCAUCCUCAAGACCUCGGUCGACUUCUCCAGGUCAACCGUGUUUUCAAUUUGUACUUGACAAGAAUUCGCGAUCUGUCCGGGAAAGCCUAUUUGACUUUUCCAAAGUUGCAGACUUCUGAGGCCGUUUGGUCUAAUUCUCGCAAAUCUUACGAGUCUCAUUUUCCGAAGCCUUUGAUUGGAACAACAGAGCUGGAUAUGUGGAAACUUGUCAAAGGUCGUCGCUGCCAAUUCUGUCAUAAAAUAGGCCAGCCUCAAGGUAAUAGUACCUGGGACAGAGGUCCAGGCCGCACUGGGGUUCGGAUUGUAUGGGCUUUUGGGAUUCGAUCGUGUGGAAUGUGCUUGGAAUCAAAGUGUCAGAAGGAUACGUCUCUACUCAUGUCAACUGCUUCGCCGCUUCUCCCUGGCCUUCCCUUCAUCUUCUUGACGCAAGACCUGCACGUCGUACCUGCAUCUACACUGCACCACGCGUCACCGCCACCAACAAUACAAUUACGCAAGUGCUAUUAUACAACGCAAGUGGAACAAAUACAGGAGGAAUUCAUCGCUGCGAAAGCGCUCGGGCAAGCAGCUGCGGAAGAGUGGCACAAAGGCCUUGAUUCUCGAGGCAAGACACGGCUGUCCGAUGCAGAACGCUGUGAACGUUGGGAGAUCAAUCAUGUGCAAGCGCCCAAUACGAACAAUAAAGUUGGAGCAGCAGCGAAAGCCGAUGCGCCUGCAAAUAUCGCAACUUUACCUGUGUCGACGAAUCCUGACCCUCGUUUGUGGCAUACCUCUGCCCCCAACUCCCAGCAUCCAAUAUAUUCGCCUGCGCCGACUGGAUUCGCAGGUCCCUUCAACGCGCCCAUACCUAUAUACAACGGUCCAAAUCCUUACGCGUACGGGACUCACUCAAUGCAACAUCCGAUGCCGCAAUCACAGCCGCCAUACAUCCCAAACUCCUACACACCCACAUAUCAGCAAACUCCCUACGCUCCACCUCCCCUUCCUACGCAUCCUGCCCAAAGGCACGAUAGGUCAUUUCGGGAUGUGACAGAGAUGAAAGCUCUACGCCGCGCAGAUAUUGAAAGACGAUGUGAGGCGCUUCACCCUCCUAUCGCUCCGAACAUCCUUCGACAUAUGGAUUCUUUCAAAGCCGCCAUGCAGAUUACUACCCCGAUGACAGAUCGUGGCUGGGAGAUGCUGAAGCCCAAGCUAAUUGCGCAACGCGAAAUAGCUGAGGAGAAAGAGCGUCAAGACGCUGCUCACAAAUCUUUGGUCCAGCACAAAGUCUCUGAUCGACGUCAGCAAGAGAUCAGCCAGAGGGAACUGAAAGAAAUUACGGAUAGAGAAUGGGAGGAAGCUCAAAAGCCUCUAAGAACACAACUGGGGCGCUUUGCUGACGAGAUUUUAAAGCAGUGGGAUUUUGGAAGCAAAGUCACGCGGGAGACUGCUCCGCAGUUUGCUGCGAAUGUCAUCCUGCACGUACGCAAUCGUUUUGUUGAGGAGAGCGAAGAGCCUCACACAGCAUCUGAGACAGAGUCAAAUGAUACUAACUUAUCACGGCGUAAGCUCAUUCUCGAGAAUAUGAAAUGGGUCUUCGAUCAUAAGGUUAAACACAUUACCGACAAGUUUCGAAAAGAACUUUUUUUAUGUAACGGAUGUGAAGGAAAUUAUAAACACUAUGGCUUUGAGGGUGUAAUACAACAUUACGCCGCAAAACACACUAGCACAUUGAGUGUUGGCAAUGUUGUUGUCGCCUGGAAGGAAGCUGAGUGGCCAGAGGAAUCUCCUUUCAUACCGGAUCCCUCCGCCGCGAAGGUCUCUCAGCAAUUCGUUUCGAACUUUCCUGCGGCGUCCAGAGGAGCAAGUAUUACACCCCAGAUGUUCGCGCAUAUGCCAAGACCCCUAUCCCAGGCCAGUCCUAUGUCGGGCUAUGGCCAAAAUGGAAUGUAUGGACCAUUCCAGCCACCUCCAGGACAACCUAUAAUUCCAGGCUACAGAUAUGAUACUCACACUAUGCAACAGAUGUCCCUUGGCGUUGGACCGUCAGGACAGUACUACCCUGGAUCUCCUCCUAUGCAACAGGGGCCAUCUCCAUUCCACGGAUCCACCAGGCCUCCGGACCAAUUAACUUAUAGCCCUUCUCAAGUUAAUGAUAACGGGAUUCUCACUAGCAAUGCAUCGAACAGGUCUAGCUCGCCCCAGGCUCAACCUCCCCAGAGUGUGCAGAACGUCCCAGCUAAAACACCAGGCUCUCCUCAGGUACAUGCCGUGGUGGAAAAUAUCUCUGAUGAACAGGUAAGCGUCUUUGCUCGGACCUUCAUUGAUGUCUGGUCCACACUAUCCGGUGUUGGAGAUCUACCAAACUCCGUGAGGCUGUACGUUACCAUCAAUGUUGCUUCUUUAUCCUUUCAAAAACGUAACGGUCACUGGCCUAGUAUUGAUCUAUUCGUUGAGGCAUUGGAGCGGAAUCCUCUACUUACCCCGCACAAGCACUCUGGAGGCCUACAGUGCAAGUCCUGCCCAGAUGUGAAUGUCGCACGUACCAAUCCGCGAGGUUUCCCUAUCUUUGAUGACAGCAUCGGGUUCAAUGUUUUAUCGCUGGCAUAUCAUUAUAAGCAUGAGCAUUACCGGAGCAGAUCGUCGGACCAUGGCUCCGAGGGAGCUUCCAGUCAGCCAGACUGGAUAAUGAAUUUUGUCUUCUUGCCACGCGAAAAUUUCAUUGUAGACCUGGCGCAAGCGGAAGGAAUGGACGACACAAAGAUUAAGCUCAUCCGAGAGGUCUUUCCUAAACUCUUCACUAUGGAUCAGCCAAAGGUGUCGACGAGUGCACCCGGCGAGCCUUCUGCUCGUCAAACAAUGACAGUUUCUACCGUUGAGGAUGAUAACAUGGCACAGCGUCGUCCGGUAAGACUUAUAGCACCCGCUUCCGGGGGUUCUGGUGAGGAUUACUCUCCGCAAUCUGGAUCUCCACAGUUUGGUCCCGACGAAUAUGAUCCUCGUCGGCCUGCCAUGGACCAAAAUGCUCGUUCCUAUGUGCGUUCCCAUGCCCGAAGACGUCCAUAUAUGGUCCCUGGAGAAGAGGACUUUCGAGAGCCUGUUUACUACGUUCCAAGGGGGUCAUACGAGGACGAAUAUACCUCUCGUCGUGGAUACUAUACGGAAGAGGAUCCUUGGAUCCCCGUGCGGACUGGAAGUGCGGGGCGUCGCGUUCGUCAAGACCGUCAAUACGCACCGAGGGACCAUGAGCGGUCUCAUUCUCCGAAACCAAUUGCUGAACCAGUCCCAGACCGUCGGCUUCCGUCCGGACAAUCGUACAUACGCCCGAAUGUUCUGGAUAUGGACGAGACCGCUGCCGCAGAGUUAGCCAAGGAAACUGCUGCAAACAAAGGACCAACUUCACCCGAAGGAGCUGAAGGACCCGAAGGCGAAGCGGACAGAUUUUUAAACGAUCUUCUCAAUUCCCGUGACGACCUGGAGCUAUAUAAAAGUCAGGCGGAAGAACGAGAUCAGGCCCGGGAGGAAGCGCUCCGCGCCCAAUGGGAAACUGAGCGUAGACCAGAAGAACCGGAGAACAGCUUCAGUCCCAGGGAGGCUCGCAUCUAUCGUGACGGCCUGCCUGCGACGCAUACUGGCGCAUCAACAGCUUCAUCACACGUACGUGGCCGGAGAUCGGAAGACUUUCAUACAGGUGGACGUGGAAGGUCACCAGACCUGCGCGGAGAAUACCGACCAAGACCACCGGCAUACCGUCGUCGGGAACGCUACGUGGAACCUGUCCCCGCAUCUCGGUAUGCUCGUUAUAUGCGUGUUUAUCGAGAGCGCGAAGAGCCUGGUCCUCCGGCUCGUCCCCCACGACCACAGAGCAGAUAUGAGCGGUACGAAGCUACAAGACGACAAAUCGAGCGAUCACAAUCACCUUCACGCAGAGUGUCAGAAAUGCCAGAGAGUUUUCGAGAGCACAGUAUCAAUCCGGAUAGAUCAACACAAGUCUCACCUCAUGAGCCAACGCCUAUGUUUGAGGACAACUAUUCUCCUGCACCACCUCUGCGGCGAUAUCGUUACGCCGAGCCAGCACCCACCACGUAUCUCGAUGAGUAUGGUCGUCGAGUGCAGAUGAUUCCUGUUCAUGAACCUCACUACGCACCCCGUAAUCACCGAUAUGUCAGUGACUCUCGCUACGAAUACCUCCCUUAUGAGCGAGGUCAUAGACAGGAGCACAUAUAUUACGAACCCGCACCUGUUCCUGUACCUGGAUAUGGUUACCCUCCAGAGAGACGGCCUUUUGUUCCACCAGAGAGGGACGGAAUGUCCUACGAACCAGAAUUACAAGUAAAACCGGAACCUGCGGCCACACCGGCCUCUUUUGUAGAGCAUCCUUAG